GGCACGGCGAGGCAGCAACUUGAGCGUGUUCUCAUUAAUGGCUGUUUUUUUAUUAUUCCCUGAAGUGUUGGAUGUAUGAUUCUUUUCUUUUGAUAAUGAACAUCAACGGUGCUUAUGAUGGAUCUAGUUGCUAUCUGCCAUAAAAAAAAGGGCCCGAAACGGCUUUGUUUUGGGUAUAAUCGAAAACAGACGGUGAAUGCAAUGCUUCUUUUCUUCAACUAUUGCACCGACUCGUUUCUUUUACCUGUAUCCUCCGUAUCAUCCGAGAUGUUGGUUAUUCCUGUUAGAAACGUCAUCUUGGCCAUGCAACUGCUGGAUCUAAACUCCACCAGGGAAAAACAUCUGUCUGCCUCGUUAUUUACCCACAAAGCAUCAUCAACCUGUCCAAACCACCAAACACGCCAGCAAUCCAGCACCAGCUAUAACUCCCGAACCCGAUAUCUCAGCGUCGCCAUCCUUGCUGCCAUUUACGGUUCCUGUCCGCGUGCUCAUUCGCCCUAAUGGACUCAGAUGCUAGUUUCCCCCGCAGUCUAGGAUAGCUUUUUCUCCCUGGUGAGCCCAGUUGCUUCGCAUAGUUAUUUGCUUGAACCCGCCGGCCCUUCGACAAACAUCUCCGCUGGACUGGAAGAGGGCAGUACAGCCCAUCUAAAU